ACUUUGACUUGACACCAAAAUAUAGACGCCAUAACCAUAACACUUCUUUCUCUACACCCAAACCUAAAGAGUCAAUCAAAAUGGCGAGCUCUUCUUCAACAGCACAAAACCCACGCCACCUUCUCAACCACCUUUACGGGGGACCCACUUCCGCUCCACCACCAACACCCUCAACCCAACCAUCUCUCUCCUCCUCCACGUCAGACGCUGCCGCUGACACCCUCUCUCGCCUUCUCCACCGCCUCCCUCCCAGUCUCUCUCUUCCUACACGUCUCUCCCCACGCGCCCCGGCUAAGUCUUCACCACAUCUCCCUACACUGUCUCUCUCCUCCACGUCAUUUCCCUCUUCCGGUGUUGAUAGUAAUUUGUUCGAGCUGGGUUACUUCCAGCUCACCCACCACUCUAUAACCCCUAAGCUUGCUGAGUCCGCCGAGUCGGAAUCGCUCUCGCUCUUCGACUUACCACUUGAUGAAAAACUUAGCUCUUUCCCUACAGACUGGCCUCUUGGGUUCAACAAUGACGACGAUGAUGACGAUGACAAUGAUGGUGAUGAUCAUCAAACGGGGUCGUUUUGCUUGGAUGGCCAGUGCUCUGCAACUAAUACAGCCGAGUUGAGUUUGGCGAGUUUGAAAGAGUUGACUCGCGAGUUAGAGAAGCUUGGUUUGGAGGUGGUGGAGAAGCUAGCGUCCGCCGUGGGGUUUGAGAACCCGUUUAGAGAAGGAGGGGUUGUGGGGCCAAACAAACAAAGUUCGUUGAUGUGGGUAACAUCACCAGACGGUGAUAAAGCAACAGCAAGGAGGGUGUACCCGUAUGUGGUGGGGUUGCAGUACCAGAUUAGGCCAAUGAAGUGGGAUUUGGUGUCGGAUUCAGGUUCGGUAAGUGUGGAGCCUCAGGUUGGGUCAGUUUUUGUUACGCUUGGAGACAUCGCUCAGGUAUGGAGCAAUGGAAAGCUAAAGAAAGUGAGAGGAAGACCGGCUCCUGCUUUUGGGGAUAUAAAAUCAAACAUAUCAAUGACAAUGCUGCUCACCCUUCCUCUAGAGAGCACUGUCUCACCCCUUCUCCUCGUCCCUAAUUACACCGGUGAAAAAGAAGCCAACAACCAACAAAAAGAUAAGGAUAAUCAAACCAUCAACCCAAAUGCGAAUAGCAAUGAUGGUAACGACGUUGAUAACGAGGAUCAGAGGAUAUUUAACUCGUUUUCUUUUGAGGAUUAUGCAUGGAGAGUUUACCAUGAGCGCCUGCUCUUUAAAGAUCCCCUUGAUAGAUACCGCGUUAUUCACUAGUUUCGCCGCCUAUUGUUCUUCUUCCAACUGCCUGCAUUUGCAAGUGUUUCUUUUUUCUGGUCCUUUUGGCUGGAGAUUUGGUUGUUUCAUUCUUUUGUUGGUAGUGUAGGAGUCGGAGAUCUGUUUACCCUGCUGUUUUAUGUGGCAAAUGUGGUUGUUUUUGGGUUCUAUAUGGUACUACUUGUACCAUAUUAGAUAUGAAUCUGAGUUUUGUACGGAUCGGAGUACUACGUAGUAUUAUAACCGACUAGUAGCUGUUUUUUGCAAGAUAUUAACCAUUUUAUGUAUUGCUCAUAUAUGAUUGCAUAAGGCUUGUAACUCGAUCAACUUCUUUGAUCAAUUUUAUUCAUCAUUUAAAUGUUAUUCCCAAGUCAAAA